AUGGCCGACGUUGAGCCUAGCAGCCCCAGCGCUGCCACUUUUGCCGAGACCCUCCAGUACCGCGCCACCCAGUCACGCCGCUCUCGACCUCCAGAUAUCGAUUCUGCCCCCGCCGAACAGCAGAACCGCGUUCCUCUGCGCUCAGAAAAUAGGCUCAGCAGACGGGAUUCGCGCCUGGGGCUUCGAAGCAUAUUUGGGAGGAAUAAGAAUGUCCGCGAGAUCGACAGCUCGACAUCCUACUUCGAUACUGGAAGACCAAGUAGUAUCCGAGCUUCUCUGGCCGAGAUUAGCCACUGGCCUUACAUGAGAUCCGAAAUCACACUCUCUGGCGCCGCCUCACGACCAACCUCAGUGGCUACCAACGCGCCUUUUACCGAUUCCUCCAUCCAAAGAAGACCGACCACCACCGAGCGAUCUAGGUCACAGACACCAUCCGGCAGAUCCUCUCGUGGCAACCUCGCGACCUGGGACCCCCCACCACUCUUUCAAGCAUACCCCCAAGCGAUCAAGCACGCGCAGCUUCCCGCCUGCACCACGUCGGCCGACGUUAUACUGCGCUUCAAUGACAGGAAGGGUAGCAUCAGCCUGCGCGAUGACCUGACCCAGCUGAACCUCGCCUCCGACCUCGGCGACGACCAGCCUGACGAAAAGGCGAGAAAGAAGCACCUGAGAACAAUUUCCACCACCAGACUGGAGUGGACAUCCAAAAUAUACGUCCUCUGCACAUCUGGCUACCUGUUGCAGUAUGCUGGUGACGGCAACUUCGACCGUCUGCCUGAAAAGAUGCUGCAUCUGGGUAAGGAUUCUGCUGCCUUCGUCAGCGAUGCCAUUCCCGGACGCCAUUGGGUUCUCCAGGUUUCCUCAGCAAUGGAAGCCAACGGCAUGUCUUCUGCCGAUUCGCGAUCACUCCUGUCCCGACUUCCCUUCCGCGCCGCCGACAAGAGACACGCUGCCAAUUUCCUGAUGGUUUUCGAGAGCGCGGAGGAAAUGGAUUCCUGGAUCACGGUCCUGCGCCGGGAGAUCGAGGCGCUUGGCGGCAAGAAGAAUCUUUCUGAGACUGGCAAGCCCAAAGCUGAUGACAACGUUGUACAGCUGAAGGCGCAGCCUAGUCAGCGGACGUUGAUUGUCCGCGACCCGGAUAGGUUCUCGCGAGUCCUCCCUCCGGAUUUCAGCCUUCACCUGGAGCAGGCCAGGCUGCACGACUCCGAACGCCAUUCUUCCAUCGACGCUGACAUGACUCGCGAACCCUCCAUUGAUGACAUUUCUACCACCAAUAGUGUCAUGUCCCACGACGACCGGGCGUUGGAGAGCCUGAGGGAUAGCACCAACCGUCUCUCUUACAUCUCAUCUGGCCAACGCACAUUCAUGACAUCGGCUGGCUCUUCGCCUGCGUGCUCCCCCGUUCGCGAUAGCUUUGCGAGCAGCUACCUCGAGGAUCUCCCCCCUCCGUGUCACGAGGUGCCUACGGUCCGGCCGAGGCCCAACGCCGCGGCAAUCCUUGAUCGCAGACAGUCACUGCAGACAUCGGGCUACCUUGAGCUGAGAAGCUCACCCAUGUCGCGCCCUCAAUCCACUUUAUACAGUGAACAUGAGCUUGCACAAGUUGCUGCAAACUUCAGCGUGCCCAUCAGUAGGCGCUACAGCGCCAUGAAGUCACCCACAGCGAGCCCUGAGCAAGGCAGAAACCGGGACUCUUUUUCGAGCUCAAGAAGCGUGCGCAAGCCGCCUCCCACUGCUCUUGCCAUGGCUCGCCCCCUUUCCAUGGUGGCUGAUCAACCCUCCCCAGUGCAAGGCCUCACCGACUCGCUUGGCCAGCAACAGGUUGCCCAAGCCCAGCAGGGCGACAGCUUAGCCGCCUACCCCCCGAGACAAACGAGUCUCAGCCCCAGAGAGCAGGCUGCUACAGUGACAGUCCGUACCAGCCCGCGAAAGUACGCGAGCUCCCCUUCGCUGAACAAGCCGGAGGAGGCAUCCCUCUCACCAGAGCUUAGAACCUUCAUCCUGCCUUCGAGGACUCCUCCGUCGCCUUCGGCCAACGAGGUCGAGGAGUCACCCGUUGCCCAUUCAUCCAUGGGUGAGUUUGGACAACUCCACUCACCCAAAGCCUGCCACAAAACCCCCAGAAGACCGAGUACUUUCUUCGACGCUUCUUCCCCGCUCUCCACCAUUAGCGCCAGCCCGGAGCAAGAGAGGACAGUUGCUCCCAUGUUGGUAUCCCCAAAGACCGCCUCGGUCGUCACCCCGAGUACCCAGUACUCCGCCAACACUGUCAACCAGGCAUCUCCGAGCCGACUCAAGGUCUCUCGGCAGACGAAGCAUGCCGCAGCUCGUCGAGGGCACGACUGGGCCGACGACGAAGAUGUCGACGAGACCACCACCGACCUCCCCGCGCCCCAGACCAUCAGCAACAAGGACGGCACCAAGACCAUCAUCACCUUCCGUUACAACGACCAGGGCCAGAAGGUGAAGACGACUCGCCGCAUCCGCUACACCACGCACACCGAAAAAGUGAACCCGCGCGUCGCCGAGCGCAAGACAUGGUCCAAGUUCGGCCUCAGCGCGAAGGAUCCCGCCGGUCCCGCCCCCGACACGACCUCCGUCGGUGAGAACAUCAUCUUCCGGCCUAGCACGAACUGGCGCAAAGAUGAGAAGGAGCAGGGCGAGGACCCCAACGCCCAGGCCAUGAAGGACAAGCUCAAGGACAAGAAGGUCAAGUGCCGUAUUUGCAACGGCGAGCAUUUCACAGCCCGCUGCCCUUACAAGGACACCAUGGCCCCGAUCGGCACCGAGACUGGCACGGCCGACGUUGCCGCCGGCAUGGGAGACGAGGCGGGAGCUGCUGCUGCUGCUGCUGGAGGCCCGGGGGCCAAGAAGGGAAGCUAUGUCCCGCCUGCACUCAGAGCUGGCGCCGCUGGUGCUGCUGCCGGAGACAGGAUGAGCGGCAGCAAGUACGGCGAGCGAGACGACCUGGCUACCCUGCGUGUUACCAACGUUUCGGAGCUGGCGGAGGAGCAGGAGCUGCGCGACAUGUUCGAGCGAUUCGGUCGGGUCACUCGUGUGUUCUUGGCCAAGGACAGAGAGACGGGCCUGGCCAAGGGUUUCGCAUUCAUCAGCUUCGCAGACCGGAGCGAUGCCGUCAAGGCCUGCGCCAAGAUGGACGGUUUCGGUUUUAAGCACUUGAUUCUCAGAGUCGAGUUCGCCAAGAAGGCGAACUAA